AGGCUGGCUGCUUCCUUUCUUUGUUGUCAUUCUGUACUAUACUUCCAUAGUUCCAUCACAGCCUCAACAACCUCUCUCUCUCUCUUUCUGGUACACUGACUGAGACCCAUCAGUCAUGGCGUCUUCAUCUUCCUCAGCUUCACCCCUCCAAAACCCUAAAAAACUAGGGCUUGUGGCAAAUGCAUUGAAGCGCAAAGACAAAUUCAUUCAGUUCUUCGCCAUGACUGGAAUUUUACUCUUGAGUGUUAGAUCUCUCGGCCAAAAGUAUCGGAUGCAUGAUCUUCUCGAAGACACUUCAGCUCUCAAACAAGAAGAAGAAACCCUAACUAAUCGCAUCAACAACAUUAAGCAAGCCCUUCUCCAUGAAGCCUCCCUCGAACCCACUGGUAUUUUCGCUUCAAGACUCCGCCUUUUAUUUGGUGAAGACUAAUUUAUUUUCUUCACUUUCGUUUUCAAUUCGAAUAAUUUUGUCUGAAUUUUGUAAACAAAAUAGUUGCAGAGAACAUAAAUUUAUCUUCUUGGUUUAUGAAUUUGAUUAAUUGCCAUGUUGAAGAUUAUUAGGGCCUAUUGAUUUUUAGGUAUUUGUUUCUGUUUUUGGGGUAAUUCUUUAGUUGGGUAUGUGAAAUAUAAGUAUCACUCAUACUUAGAUAUAUUUUAAUUUUCCACUUGUGUAGACUAUAAAGAGUUCAUUUUGAUUUUUGAUGAAGUGAAAUUUAGCUCACUCACUCA